GAUAAUGUCAAAGCCAAGAUCCAAGACAAGGAGGGGAUCCCGCCAGACCAACAGAGGCUUAUCUUUGCUGGUAAACAGCUAGAGGAUGGCCGCACCCUUGCUGAUUACAAUAUCCAGAAGGAGUCCACCCUCCACCUUGUCCUUCGUCUUAGGGGUGGCAUGCAGAUAUUUGUGAAAACUCUCACUGGAAAGACUAUUACCUUGGAAGUUGAGAGUUCUGAUACCAUUGACAAUGUAAAAGCUAAGAUCCAGGACAAGGAAGGUAUCCCUCCAGAUCAACAGAGGCUGAUAUUUGCUGGCAAACAGUUGGAGGAUGGGAGGACACUUGCAGAUUACAAUAUCCAAAAAGAGUCAACCCUCCACUUGGUGCUGCGUCUGCGUGGAGGAAUGCAGAUUUUUGUGAAGACCUUGACUGGUAAAACCAUUACUUUGGAGGUGGAGAGCUCUGACACAAUUGACAACGUCAAAGCCAAGAUCCAAGAUAAGGAGGGUAUCCCACCUGACCAACAAAGGUUGAUUUUUGCUGGGAAGCAGCUUGAAGAUGGGAGGACACUUGCAGACUAUAACAUCCAAAAGGAGUCAACCCUGCAUUUGGUUUUGCGCCUUAGAGGAGGGAUGCAGAUAUUUGUCAAGACCUUGACUGGGAAAACCAUCACCCUGGAGGUUGAGAGCUCAGACACGAUUGACAAUGUGAAAGCAAAGAUUCAGGACAAGGAGGGGAUUCCUCCAGACCAGCAGAGGUUGAUCUUUGCUGGCAAGCAGUUGGAGGAUGGUCGCACUCUGGCUGACUACAAUAUCCAGAAGGAGUCCACCCUGCAUCUUGUCCUUCGCCUCCGUGGUGGUUUCUAAGUUGUACUUGUGUCCUAAUUUUGCCAAUCUGUGGCA